CGGUGUGGGGGUGGGCCUGUGGACCAGCCUUAUUGUGCAAGGCCACGUUUUUUCUUUUUUUUUGGUAUUUAUAAACCUCUGGACUCUCUUGCAUUUGCAGGAGAGGAGAGGAGAGGAGGAGGGGAGGGGAGAAACGGAGAAGAGAAGAGAGGCGAAUGGGAUGGGAUGGGUAGCUGCUACUACUACAGUGGAGUAGCAGGUAGCUAGAGCUCUAAUCCUCCAGCCCUACUCAAAAGAGAAGAGCAGUACCCAUGGCCAUGGCCAUGGAGGACGAGAUCAAGGGCCGCGUCGUCGUCCUCGGCGCCGAUGCCGCCGCCGACCCCGAGCUCGAGGCCUUCCAUCUCCCCUCCGCCGACCAGCCCACGCACCUCCUCCAACAUUCUUCUCCUUCCCAAUCCCAAUCCCAAACGCAAUCCCAUCACGCACCUCCACCUCCUCCUCCUGAUGCUCCUCCAACCAGGUCGCCGCCGCCCCAGAUGCCACCAACCGACAUGCCCCCCAAGCCCCUCCCGCCGGCCCCGCUCCGCCAGCUCUUCAGCUUCGCCGACGGCCUCGACUACCUCCUCAUGGCCUUCGGCACGCUCGGCGCCCUCGUCCACGGCUGCUCCCUCCCCGUCUUCCUCCGCUUCUUUGCAGACCUCGUCGACUCCUUCGGUUCCCACGCCGCCCACCCGGACACCAUGCUCCGCCUCGUCGUCAAGUACGCCUUCUACUUCCUCGUCGUCGGCGCCGCCAUCUGGGCCUCCUCCUGGGCCGAGAUCUCCUGCUGGAUGUGGACCGGCGAGCGCCAGUCCACCCGGAUGCGCAUCCGCUACCUCCAAGCCGCGCUCCACCAGGACGUCUCCUUCUUCGACACCGACGUCCGCACCUCCGACGUCAUCCACGCCAUCAACGCCGACGCCGUCGUCGUCCAGGACGCCAUCAGCGAGAAGCUAGGCAACCUCAUCCACUACCUCGCCACCUUCGUCUCCGGCUUCGUCGUCGGCUUCACCGCCGCCUGGCAGCUUGCGCUCGUCACGCUCGCCGUCGUCCCGCUCAUUGCCCUCAUCGGCGGCCUCAGCGCCGCCGCGCUCGCCAAGCUCUCCUCCAGGAGCCAGAACGCGCUCUCAACCGCCAGCAGCAUCGCCGAGCAGGCCCUCGCGCAGAUACGCAUCGUGCAGUCGUUCGUCGGCGAGGAGCGAGUCCUGCGUGCCUACUCGGCCGCACUGGCCGUGGCGCAGCGGAUCGGCUACCGGAGCGGCUUCGCCAAGGGCAUCGGCCUGGGCGGCACCUACUUCACCGUCUUCUGCUGCUACGCGCUGCUCCUCUGGUACGGCGGCCACCUCGUCCGCCGCGGCCACACCAACGGAGGCCUCGCCAUCGCCACCAUGUUCUCUGUCAUGAUCGGAGGCCUGGCACUGGGGCAGUCGGCACCGAGCAUGGCGGCAUUCGCCAAGGCACGGGUGGCUGCGGCGAAGAUAUUCCGGAUGAUCGAUCACAAGCCGAGCAUCGAGCGGGACGGCGAGGCCGGGAUGGAGCUGGAGGCGGUAACGGGGCGGCUGGAGCUGAGGGACGUGGAGUUCUCGUACCCGUCGCGGCCGGACGUGGCGAUCCUGCGUGGGCUGUCGCUGAGCGUGCCGGCGGGGAAGACGAUCGCGCUGGUGGGCAGCUCCGGGUCAGGGAAGAGCACGGUGGUGUCGCUGAUCGAGAGGUUCUACGAGCCGAGCGCGGGCAGCAUCCAGCUGGACGGGCACGAGCUGAGAGAGCUCAACCUGCGGUGGCUCCGGCGGCAGAUGGGGCUGGUGAGCCAGGAGCCGGCGCUGUUCGCGACCAGCAUCCGGGAGAACCUGCUGCUGGGGCGGGACGGCGCCACCCAGGCGGAGAUGGAAGAGGCCGCCAGGGUCGCCAACGCCCACUCCUUCAUCGUCAAGCUCCCCGACGCUUACGACACGCAGGUCGGAGAGCGCGGGCUGCAGCUCUCCGGCGGACAGAAGCAGCGGAUCGCCAUCGCGCGCGCCAUGCUCCGGAACCCAGCCAUUCUGCUGCUGGACGAGGCCACCAGUGCGCUCGACUCCGAGUCCGAGAAGCUGGUGCAGGAGGCGCUCGACCGCUUCAUGAUCGGCCGCACCACGCUCGUCAUCGCGCACCGCCUCUCCACCAUCCGCAAGGCCGACCUCGUCGCCGUCCUGCAGGCCGGCGUCGUCUCUGAGGUUGGCACGCACGACGAGCUCAUGGCGCGCGGGGACGGCACCUACGCCAGGCUCAUCCGCAUGCAGGAGCAGGCGCACGAGGCCGCGCUCGUCGCCGCACGCCGGAGCAGCGCACGCCCCUCCAGCGCCCGGAACUCCGUCAGCUCACCCAUAAUCACGCGCAACUCAUCCUACGGCCGCUCCCCUUACUCCCGCCGCCUCUCCGACGCCGACUUCACCACCCUCGCAGAAGGCCGCUUCGAGCAGCAGCAACAGCUGGCCUUCCGCGUGCAGGCCAGCUCCUUCUGGCGCCUCGCCAAGAUGAACUCGCCCGAGUGGGGUUACGCGCUCGUCGCCUCCCUGGGCUCCAUGGUGUGCGGCUCCUUCAGCGCCAUCUUCGCCUACGUGCUCAGUGCCGUGCUCAGUGUCUACUACGCGCCGGACGCCGCCUACAUGGACAGGCAGAUCGCCAAGUACUGCUACCUCCUCAUCGGCAUGUCCUCCGCCGCGCUGCUCUUCAACACCGUGCAGCACCUCUUCUGGGACACCGUCGGCGAGAACCUCACCAAGCGCGUGCGCGAGAGGAUGCUCGCCGCCGUGCUCCGCAAUGAGAUCGCCUGGUUCGACAUGGAGGAGAAUGCCAGCGCGCGCAUCGCCGCCAGGCUCGCGCUGGACGCCCAGAACGUGCGCUCCGCUAUCGGGGACCGCAUCUCCGUCAUCGUGCAGAACUCGGCGCUCAUGCUUGUCGCCUGCACCGCCGGCUUCGUCCUGCAGUGGCGCCUCGCGCUCGUGCUGCUGGCCGUCUUCCCGCUCGUCGUGGGCGCCACCGUCCUGCAGAAGAUGUUCCUCAAGGGCUUCUCCGGCGACCUAGAGCGCGCGCACGCGAGGGCGACGCAGAUCGCCGGGGAGGCGGUGGCCAACGUGCGCACCGUGGCGGCCUUCGGCUCGGAGGCCAAGAUCGCCAGGCUGUUCGAGGCCAACCUGGCGGGCCCGCUCCGGCGGUGCUUCUGGAAGGGGCAGAUCGCCGGCAGCGGGUACGGCGUGGCGCAGUUCCUGCUGUACGCGUCGUACGCGCUGGGGCUAUGGUACGCCGCGUGGCUGGUGAAGCACGGCGUGUCGGACUUCUCCAAGACCAUCCGCGUGUUCAUGGUGCUGAUGGUGUCGGCCAACGGCGCCGCGGAGACGCUGACGCUGGCGCCGGACUUCGUGAAGGGCGGGCGGGCGAUGCACGCGGUGUUCGAGGCGAUCGACAGGAGGACGGAGAUCGAGCCGGACGACGUGGACGCGGCGCCCGUGCCGGAGCGGCCCCGCGGCGAGGUGGAGCUGAAGCACGUGGACUUCGCUUACCCGUCGCGGCCGGAGGUGCAGGUGUUCCGGGACCUGAGCCUCCGGGCGCGGGCGGGGAGGACGCUGGCGCUGGUGGGGGCGAGCGGGUGCGGGAAGAGCUCGGUGCUGGCGCUGGUGCAGCGGUUCUACGAGCCCAGCUCCGGGCGGGUGCUCCUGGACGGGCGGGAAGUGCGCAAGUUCAACCUCCACGCGCUGCGGCGUGCCAUGGCGCUGGUGCCGCAGGAGCCCUUCCUGUUCGCGGCCACCAUCCACGACAACAUCGCGUACGGGCGCGAGGGGGCGACGGAGGCGGAGGUGGUGGAGGCGGCGACGGCGGCCAACGCGCAUAAGUUCAUAUCGGCGCUGCCGGAGGGGUACGCGACGUUCGUCGGGGAGCGCGGGGUGCAACUGUCGGGCGGGCAGCGGCAGCGGAUCGCCAUCGCGCGCGCGCUGGUGAAGCAGGCUCCCAUCCUGCUGCUGGACGAGGCAACCAGCGCGCUGGACGCCGAGUCCGAGCGGAGCGUGCAGGAGGCGCUCCACCGCGCUGGCUCCGGCGCUGGCCGCACCACCAUCGUCGUGGCGCACCGUCUCGCCACCGUCCGCAAUGCCCACACCAUCGCCGUCAUCGACGACGGCAAGGUGGCGGAGCAGGGCUCGCACUCGCACCUUCUCAACCAUCACCCCGACGGCUGCUACGCGCGCAUGCUGCACCUCCAGCGGCUCACCCACGACGCGCCGGGCCCAUCCUCGUCCACGCACGCCACCUAGUCUUCUUUAGCUAUAGGACAAUACUAUUACUACUAGUGCUGCUUUCUUUUCAUACUACAUUA